AUGUCGAGACUUCCGCCAGUAAUUAUGGACAAUGGGACUGGGUACACAAAGUUAGGUUUCGCGGGCAAUAAUAUACCAUCAUUUGUCUUUCCUACUGUCAUUGCAACGCGCGAUUCUGCAGGAACAGGCACUUCCGGUCCUGCUAUGCCUUCAAAGCCUUCAAAUCUUUUAGCCUCUAAACGUGGUAUCGAGGAUUUAGAUUUUUUCAUUGGAUAUGAAGCGCUUGCAAAUUCAAAAACUUAUGGUUUGCAUUAUCCAAUUCGACAUGGUCAAAUCGAUAACUGGGAUCAAAUGGAACGAUUUUGGGAACAGAGUAUUUUCAAAUAUUUAAGGUGUGAACCAGAAGAUCAUUAUUUCCUAAUGACAGAACCUCCACUUAAUGCUCCAGAAAAUCGUGAACAGACUGCCGAAAUUAUGUUCGAAUCGUUCAAUAUUCAAGGGCUAUAUAUUGCUGUACAAGCUGUACUAGCUUUGGCUGCCAGUUGGACUUCUAACAAAGUUUCUGGUCAAGUUUUAACCGGAACAGUUAUUGACAGUGGUGAUGGUGUUACUCACGUAAUUCCUGUGGCCGAAGGGUAUGUUGUCGGAUCAUCUAUUAAACAUAUCCCAAUUGCUGGUCGUGAUAUUACGUAUUUUGUUCAACAACUUCUUCGUGAUCGAAAUGAAACUUCAAUUCCUCCAGAAGAUUCUUUGAAAGUGGCUGAACGUAUAAAAGAACAAUUUUCAUAUGUAUGUCCAGAUAUUGUUAAGGAAUUCAAAAAAUAUGAUCAGGAAGGAGAUAAAUAUUUCGAAAAAUAUCAAGGAAUACAUAGUGUGACUGGCCAGCCUUAUGAAGUUGAUGUUGGUUUUGAACGUUUCCUAGGGCCUGAAAUAUUUUUCAAUCCAGAAAUAGCAUCAUCUGAUUUCUUGACACCACUUCCUGAAGUUGUUGAUAAUGUUAUUCAAAGUUGUCCAAUCGAUGUUAGACGUGGUUUAUACAAGAAUAUUGUACUUUCGGGUGGAUCUACCAUGUUUAAGGAUUUUGGUAAACGCCUUCAAAGAGACAUAAAGCGUACAACUGAUGCUCGUGUUAAGAGAAGCGAGACAUUAAGUGGUGGCACACUGAAGUCCACACCAAUAGAAGUAAAUGUCAUAUCGCACAAGAAACAACGUUAUGCAGUCUGGUUCGGUGGUUCUAUGCUAGGAUCAACGCCUGAUUUCUAUCGGUAUUGUCACACAAAAGCAGAAUACGAAGAACAUGGACCAAGUAUUUGUAGACAUAAUUAUGUAUUUGGAUCCAUGAGUUAA